UUGUCCAUAUAAAAUCCAAGUUCGUGAUCAUCCAAUCCAUUUUUCAUCUCUUUCCCUCCUCUUCUCUCUCAGUCCACCGGCCAUGCCUGUCAUGGCCUUCUCACUACGCUUUCCCCACUCUCUCCCUCACUCCCGUCUGUCUCCUUUCUCUUGCUCCCCUCAUCUCUUUUCUCUCCCUACUCAUUCUGUUUCUUCCAAGCCGUAUCUGUACAGCUCCAACAUCCAAUGCACUGCCGCUAACGACAGUGGGAGAAACAAAACAGCGAGCUCAUUGACGCAAAGUUUCGAUCCUAAGCGUGGAGUCUCAGUUUACAGGCCAAAAUCAUAUGAAGUUCUUGUCACUGAUGCUGCCAAAUCCGUCGCUUAUGCUCUUGAAGAUGGCAAAACCCGCUUGGAAAUCGAGUUCCCGCCCCUGCCGAGCAACAUUUCUUCUUACAAGGGUUCUUCAGAUGAAUUCAUUGAUGCCAACAUUCAACUUGCAUUGGCUGUUGUCAGGAAGCUGCAAGAAAGAAGGGAAACCAGGGCUUGCAUCGUUUUUCCUGAUAAGCCAGAAAAACGCAGGGCUUCUCAGCUUUUCAAGUCAGCCCUUGAUUCGAUUGAUGGCAUUAGCAUAGGCUCCCUUGAUGAUGUUCCCAGUGGUCCUGUCAGCAAUUUUUUCAGAUCUAUGAGGGACACUCUUGAUUUUGACUUUGAAGAUGAAAAUGAAGGUCGCUGGGAGUCCAAGGAGCCGCCAACACUCUAUAUAUUUAUUAAUUGUAGCACACGUGAACUCUCUGUUAUAGAGAAGUAUGUGGAACAGUUUGCUACAUCAACUCCAUCUAUUCUAUUUAACCUGGAACUAGACACAUUACGGGCUGACUUGGGUCUUCUUGGAUUUCCAACCAAAGACCUCCACUACCGAUUUCUUUCCCAGUUCAUCCCAGUGUUUUAUAUUCGAAUAAGAGAGUAUUCUAAGACAGUAGCGGUUGCACCUUUCGUGGUAAAUUAUAAUGGGGCACUGUUUCGCCAAUAUCCUGGUCCUUGGCAGGUAAUGCUUAAACAAGCAGAUGGUUCUUUUGCUUGCAUAGCAGAGAGUGCUACACGUUUCACACUUGGUGAAACGAAAGAAGAACUAUUGAGGGUCUUAGGGCUACAAGAGGAAGAAGGAAGUUCACUGGAGUUUCUUCGUAGAGGCUACAAGGUUUUUCCUCCUUAUUUUAACUAGCCUUUUGAUUGAAUUCA